AUGGUCGAACUCAUUAAUCCCCCAGAGACUCGUGAACUCCUCCCUCCCCUCCUCGCAUGUCUCCCACUAGCCUUCGUCUCGCCCCGCGCACCUCCAGCUCUGCUUCCCCUCCUCUCUCCCAUCCUCCGCCAAAGAGUCGGUGUCCUCAGCUCACUCUCCACAUCUGCAACUGAGUCAUGGCUACAACUACUCUGCUGGGACGCCGACAAAGCAGAGCGUCUACGGGCGAUCAUCGACGGCGCCACAUUCGAGCCCCACCCUGUCUCAGGCGAGAUCGAGCUCCCAGAUCAGCUGCCCGUGACAUACAAGCGCGUUGACGACGAAACCCUCAAGGCGCAGGUUCCUAUCACCGAUUACAGCAUCACUGUAGUCUACCUGUGGUGCCCGACGGAUGCGGAGGGAGGCGGUCGUGGCUGGCGAGUUGCAGAGCUUCUGCCGCUGGAAGGUCCUGCCGAUGAAGACCAAACCUGGGCUGUCUCUAUUGGCGAGGCAAAUUCUCUAUCCAAGGCUCAGCUCAUGGCCGAUGCGCUGGAUGAGACGCCCCAGGACAAUACCGUGGAGAAUGACGACGACGACGACGAUUAUUGGGCUCAAUAUGAUGCCACGCCCGGGUCCAAGACCCCGGCGCAGCGUGCUGGCUCAUCAAAGCUGGGUCCAUCAGGUCUCUCUGAGCAGUCGUAUUUCUCGCAAUACGGCGAUGUCCAGCCGGCUAUGGAUAAUCAUGACCCCAAUGAGGAGCAACCGGAGGUCGGUCCGUCAUCUCUCAACGGGGACAUGCUUGCCAACUUGUUGCGCCGGCAGGUGAACGGGGAUUCAGUGGACGAGCCCCGCACCAAUGGAUACUCUCCCGGUCAGGCUCCCAGCGACAGUGCUGCACAGGCCUUGAACCACCCUCGGCCGGCCUCUAUCUCUUCUGGUAGCUCUGUGGCCAGACUGGAAAAGGAAGCUGAAAGCCAGUCUACCUACGAGGUUGGAGUAAAGCAACAUAUCAGUACCAGUAUCAAGAGCUUGUUCCGUCUGGCUAGGGCUACUGGAAUGCCUCGUGCAGAGUUCCAGUCGCUGGUCUCGACGGAAUUAGAGUUUUUGCAUAUGACGGAUGACGAGUAG